AUGAAGUUCCCCAUUGUGGUCGGAAGGUUCCAGUUAACUGACUUUGUCAUAGUUAUGAAAGCUAUAGAGGUAUUCGAAACCAUAGAAAAAAGAAACCUUACUCGCCAUUUUGGUUCAAAGCCACCGACCCCUGAGAGAGUACUUCAGGACAGAGGAGCUGACUGCGGGAAGGUCCUGCAGUUGAAGCUGAAAGUGGGAAGGAUGUGGGGCAGCGGGGCGGGGAAAGUAUACCCAGGACCUCGCGAGGAUUCCUUGCGGACCAUUAUCUCCCCUGCAGCAAUUAUGGCAGCUUCUAUAGCUGAUGUACUGAUGUUUGAUUAUUGCCUGUUGGUUGAUGAUCAUAGAAGAACUGUUGUUGAUGAUAAGAGGAGUUAUACUCCAACAGAUCCCAGGACCCUGAGGAUGUGCAUCAAUGGCAUGACAGAUACUAUAGCGAAGGAAGGAGUUACAAAAGUCCAGACGGAGAGUGACAGGUGGUUAGUUUCAUGCCUUGGAGUCCUUCACCUCAGUAAGGGACUUUUUUACCGAGUGGUGCCAGCCGACCAGAGUUAUAGCACAGACUACGCAGGGGUCUUCAGGUUCAGGCUGUGGUGGUCCGGACAGUGGGUUGAAGUCUUGGUGGAUGAUAGGUUACCAACUAUCAAUGGACGGUUAGCAUUUAUACAGACCAUACAUAGCGACCAGUUCUGGCCGGCACUUCUUGAAAAAGCAUAUGCCAAGCUACAUGGUUCCUAUGAAGCCCUCAAGUAUGGUACAAUGCUAGAUGGUCUUUCAGAUCUUACGGGUGGAAUUGCUGAAAGCAUUAGUCUGAGGCAUGACCCUACCACCUGUGGCCGACUUCUAAAUAACCUCCUAGAUAUGACAACUAUAGUAACCUGUACUGUUCAACCACCCAAUCAACCUGUGGAAACUAUAAGUGGAGAAGGUGUACAGCUUGUGAGGUUACGGAAUCCUCUUGGUACAGGGGGAGGAGAAUAUGUUGGUACUUGGUCAAGAGGUUGUACUAACUGGUCCCAAGUUCCUCAUCAAGAAAAGGAAAGACUGGGUUUGUCACAUAGUCCUGAACAAGAGUUUUGGAUGUCAUAUAGUGAAUUUGUCAAAACAUUUACUCAUAUUGAAGCUGUGCAUUUAGAUAGUGAGACAGCUAAAGAUGAACCAUCAUUACACAAUAAGCAAAUGUGGCAAAUGAAACUUUACCAAGGGGCAUGGAUUAAAGGUGUCACUGCUGGAGGGUGUAGAAAUAACCCAGAAACAUUCCAUAUCAAUCCUCAGCUCCAUCUUAUAUUAAGUGAAAUGGAAGAAGUAAUUAUUUCCCUAAACCAACAUAGUAUAAUGGAACCAAAGGUCAUUGGUUUCACAGCCUAUUCGUUACCAAAGAAUGCUACUGAAACAGCAGGAAAGUCAUUUUUUAGAAAGAAUAAGUCACUAGUCAAUUCUCAGUAUUCUAAUAGUCGACAGGUCAGCCUCAGGUGGCAACUGGAACAGGGUGGUUAUUUAGUGUUACCAACAACAUUUGAAACUGGCCAAGAGUCUAGUUUCACACUUAGGGUUUAUUCAUCAAAACAACUCAAACUGAAGUUACUAGACACAGCUCCAUCAGUUCUUAAAUCGGCAAUAAUUAAGGCUCCUGCUACACUAGACAACAAAAGUUUUAGUCAGUAUGAAGCUGUAUUCUUGCAAUUAGCUGAUGAACAUAGAACUGUUAACUCUUUUGAACUACAGGAACUUUUGGAUGCCUGUCUUCCUAAUGGUAUAUAUUAG